AUGGUGUUGGCCACACAGCGGUCGGGGACCGUGACUGAUAAGGUGUCUGCGUUCUCGGUUUUGGUUGGGGACAAUCCAAUUGCAAAUAUCAGGUCAAUUGAUGCAAUUCUAGCUGAGGACAUUCAACAGCCUCUUAAUUACCUUCCUGACUCAAAGGAUGGGAAUUCCCUUCUACUGUUCUGGCAUUGGGAGGAAUGCCUAAAACAGAGGUAUGAGCGGUAUAUAUUUGCGCUUGAAGAAGCAUCUAGAGAUGUACUAGCUACACUGAAGGAUAAAGCAUUGAAGACCAUUUAUGCGUUGCUGAAGAGCAAGUCAGAACAAGAGCGCCGACUGCUCUCUGCUCUUGUAAAUAAGCUAGGGGAUCCUGAAAAUAAGGCCGCCUCUAAUGCUGAUGAUCUCUUGUCAAAGCUUUUGUCAGACCAUCCAAAUAUGAAGGUAGUUGUGGUCGACGAAGUGGACAAUUUUCUUUUCCGGCCUCAUUUGGUGUUGCGCGCCAAAUACCAUGGUGUUAAUUUCUUAAACCAGAUACGUCUAAGUCACGUUGGAGAUGGGCCAAAAGUGGCAAAACGAUUGGUAGAUGUAUAUUUUGCUCUCUUCAAGGUACUUAUCUCCGAGUCUGGUGGCCUUCACCUUGAUAAGGAGAAAAAGAGCAAAGAAGAAUUGAAAAAAGCUUAUAGCUCAUCCAAAAACAAGGAUGUUAAAAGUGCUGCAGAUUCUCAUGUUGAAAUGGAUUCACGAUUGUUAUCUGCUCUUUUAACAGUUAGUGUAUCUGCUUGUGUAACUCCAGGAGUCAAUAGGGCUUUUCCUUUUGUCGCAAGCAAUGAAGCUGAUGACAUUGUUGUGACUCAGACUCCAAUGCUCUUUCAGUUGGUUCACUCAAAGAACUUCAAUGUUGGAGUUCAAGCAUUGAUGCUUCUCGAUAAGAUCUCAUCAAAAAAUCAGAUUGAUAAUUCUUUCAACUUUUGGUAUCAUUUGGAUAUCUGCUCUUAUUUAUACCUUUAUGUGCACAAUCUCUUUCAGGAAGAAAUGUUCAUUGGUCUUCUUUUACGAGCUAUGAAAAAUGAUCUUAAUUUGAAGAGGGUGUCCGCAUUUGCAAAACGUUUGUUGCAGGUCUCCCUCCAGCAGCCGCCUCAAUAUGCUUGUGCAUGCAUCUUUCUUCUCUCUGAAGUUCUUAAAUCAAGACCACCUCUCUGGAACAUGUUACUUCAGAAUGAGCUGGCUGAUGAAGAAGUUGAACAUUUUGAAGACAUUGUUGAAGAACCAGACAUACAAGCAAGCACAGCAGCAGAUAAACCAUUUAAUUCUGGUGAAGCAGUUCAUUGCAGUGAUGGUAUCGAUAACGAUGAUGACCCCUCAGAGGAUGAAGGCGGGUCUCCAGCUCCCAGUUCUGAUGAUGAGUAUUCAGACAAAGGAGAUGGUGACUUGCUCGGGUUUGGUGGUUUGACCACACUUGGGGAAUCUGAAACGACGAGCGAACCACGAGUACAAAAUGCGAAGUCUUCAUUGCCUAGAGGAUACAACCCUCGGCAUAGAGAACCUAUUUAUCGCAAUGCAGACCGUGUGGGGUGGUGGGAAUUGAUGGUAUUAGCUUCACAUGUACAUCCGUCGGUUUCUACCAUGGCGAAAACCCUUCUAUCGGGGGCCARCAUUGUCUACAAUGGAAACCCAUUAAAUGAUCUUUCGCUUGGUGCUUUCUUGGACAAGUUCAUGGAGAAAAAACCAAAAGGAAGAAAUUGGCAUGGUGGUUCCGAGAUCGAACCUGCGAAACAGGUUGAUAUGAGCAAGCCAUUGAUUGGGGCAGAAAUCCUCCAAUUAGAUGAAAUGGAUGUAGCUCCCGAAGAUGUUGUGUUCCAUAGGUUUUACAUGAACAAGAUGAAUUCCUCAAAGAAGCCAAAGAAGAAAAAGAAGAAGGGGGUGGAGGAAGAGGCGGCAGAGGACUUAAUAGGAGAGGGGGAAGAGGAUGAAAGUGACGACGAGGAGAUUGAAGCCAUAUUGGAUUCUAGCAACCCUGCUUUGGAUACAGAUGGUGAUUAUGAUUAURAUGACCUGGACCAGAUUGCCAAUGAAGAUGAUAACGACUUGGUGGGGRAUGCUAGUGACGAAGAAAUGGAGUUGRUUGCAGAAGACGAGGCUGAUGYAAGUGAUGAGGUUAGUAUAGGGGAUGCAGAAGAUGGAAGUGAUGAGGACGUAUUCGAGGUUAAACCAAGGAAAAGGAAGGGUAAGGCUGUUGGGGCAUCGCCU